AUGGCACCUCCCUGGACAAAAAUUCUGCGAGCGUGGACCUUUGGCAUAAUAGGUUUCACCAGUAUCGCCAAUGCCGCCAUCACAGUCAACAGCACCAUCCUUGUCAUCGCGCGGGACUCCAACGCCACCUACUCUGGAACAUCCGUUCUUCAGGGCUACGGCAUUCCCUACUUCGUCGUCAACAUUUCGCUCAAAGGUGGUGGAUUCCCGCAACUCAACUCCACGCCGGAUGCCGGAAACUUUGGCGGAAUCGUUGCUGUGAGCGCGACAGAUUAUAACGGGGGAGAUGACUGGAAGACCGCGCUGAGUGACAAGCAAUGGCAGCAGCUAUACAAGUAUCAGGAAUCGUUUGGUGUUCGCAUGGUUCGAUUGAAUGCGUGGCCUAGUGCAGACUUCGGGGUUCAGUCUACCGGUAGUGCAGGCGUGACCGCAGAUCAGCCUGUUGCGAUUACGAAUGUGAAGGAAUUCUCGACUGCGAACAUAGUGGCUGGAGCCCAAAUGAGCACAUCCGGCAUCAUCAAGUACCCAGCAAAAAUCACCAACACGUCCCUCGCAACGGAAAUUGCCCAGUUCAUUGGCACUUCGAAAACCACCGCAGCUGUCAUUAACAAGUUUCCAAGCGGACGUGAGCAGCAAGUGUGGUUCAUGCCUUUCGCAACCGACCACUCUACAGCCUCUACGCUUCUCUCGCAUGCUUGGGUCCAGUGGAUUACUCGCGGCGUUUACCUCGGUUUUAGACGCGUGUAUUUGAAUACCCAGGUCGAUGAUGUGUUCCUGGAGACGGAGCUUUACCAGACAAAUAAGGCUUAUCGGCUCAAGCCUGCUGACUUCGAGGAACAUGUUGCUUGGAUGAAGGAGUUGAAUGGGAAACUCCCCGCUGGAAGUAAUUAUGUUAUCGAGUUAGGCCAUAACGGCAAUGGAAAUAUUGAAGCAGCAGUGAGUAAGGACUAUGACAAUAGCCCUGCCAAGUGUGAUCCACAGGAGGGGAUCGAAUACUCUACGCAAGUCGAUGGUCCAAUGGAAUACCACAAGCCCAUUGGUACCGGGAAAGACCUGUGGAAGUCGAAGUUUAAGAGUUAUCAGUGGUCAAUGACCUGUUCUCAGUUGGACCCAAUGGAGGUAUAUUUCGCGAAUACGGCGAACAGGAACUCUUUCUUUCAUGUAUCAACUAACUGUCUAAGCACGCACGAAGAAGAAACAAACGCCACGUACUCUGACGUCGUCAAAGAAAUCACCUGGAACCAAGAAUGGUUUAACAGAGUCGGUUUCACUUCCGCUGAAUCCGCCCCAUACUUCUCUCCAAAUGGUCUCAUUCCGCCCAGUAUCAGUGGCCUACAUAACGGUGAUGCGAUCCGCGCGUGGGUUGAGAACGGAAUCACUUACGCUGUCGGUGACAAUUCUCGCCCGGUUCUUAUGAAUCGGAAAUCCGACUUCCAUCCCAUCAUGACUAGUGUUGCGGAGAAUGGGUAUGAAGGUGCUUACAUUGUUGGCCGAUUUGGUUCGUCUAUCUAUUAUAAUUGUGAUGUUCCUGAUUGUGUGAACGCCGAAUGGAAAGCUAUUGCGAGCGGAAAUGGAGACUUUGCUGCGCAAAUGGAAUACGAGAAGUCGACGAAUGUGAAGUAUCUCCUUGGGCUUCGCUGGGACCCAUACAUGUUCCAUCAAGCAAACAUGCGAGUUUCAGAUACCACUAAGUUCACGUUGAACGGCGUCAACAAGAAAUAUUCCCUCCUGAUGGCGUGGACUGAAACCAUUCUCGGAGAAGUCGUCCGACUCACACAAUGGCCCAUAAUAACCCUCAAACACGACGACAUCGCUAAGGCUUGGAUAAAUCGCAAGACUCGCGAUGAAUGCCUCCCAAAUCUAACCUACCAGCUUUCCAGCGACCGGAAAACUAUCACUGGUGUGACGGUGAAUGCAGCAAAUGCGAAAUGCUCGACUCCAAUUCCACUUACGGUUCCUUCAGGAGUGGCUAGUGCGGCGAGUGCAACGAAGGAGCAGGUUGGGAAGGAUCCACUGACGCUUUGGGUCACUUUGGGGGGAAGUGCGAAGAGUUAUAGUUUCUCGGGGGAGGUAAAGAUCUGA